GCCACAGGUGUUUUCCAUACGAGCCAUCGAUAAUCAAGUGCUUGUGAAAACAACAAUAAAUUAGAUUCACUUUGACAUAACAUGUCAAAUCGAUUGUUGUGCCUAAAAGCAGCUUUUGUGAUUUGCGGAGUAAUAAUUUGCUGGAGGCGCGAGUUUUGCGGUGUCCGCCUCUCGUCGGCGUCCGCGAAGGCGUCACCUCCAGCAGCUGUUUCUGUGGCCUCGUUAACUGAUGAAGUUCACCUGCGGGACCGCGACCGGAACCGGGACCAGGACCAGGACCCCCACCGCGAAGCGACGCCGGAGUGUGAAGGACGGCACGGCGGCAUGCAGAAAGGCCUGAAGAAAUACUUCGUCAACAUGGACGAGUACCUGGCCAACCUCGGCCUCUACCGCAAGAUGGUGGCCAGGGACGCCUCCAGCCUCUUCCGGGCGGUCUCCGAGCAGUUGUACUAUUCCCAGAACUAUCACCACACGAUUCGUCAGGAUUGCGCCAACUUCAUGAGGGCCAACGCCAGCGUCUUUGAGCCGUUUGUCGAAGGCUCGUUUGAAAAGUACCUGGAGCGCUUGGAGGACCCCAAGGAGAGCGUGGGCCAAGUGGAGAUCAAAGCCUUGUCCCAGCUGUACAGGCGCUGUUUCCUGAUCUACCGUUACCCCGGGAAAGCCGCCACGGUCAUCUCGGAGGGCGACUUCCACGACCGGGUAACGCUGUCCUGCUCCAUCAACGGUCACUAUGACAUCGUGUACCCCAGGAGUUACGUCGCCUCCGCCGCCCUGUGCCAGUGUGAGUUCAAAGCCGUCGUGUACGAGCUGCUCUAUACGAAGGUGUUCGGCUGGGAGGAGGCGGAGCUGAGCCAGGCCGCCGAGUCGUUCAGGGCGGGCGCUCGUCGCUAUCGAAACAGCCCGUCCGCAAGCAGCGACGUCGACUUCGGCUACGACAUCCCCGAAGAGCGAGGUCACAGGGAGGAGGCGGAGCCGAGCGAGGAGAGGCCGCGGGCGACGGAAGACGUCAAGCCGCUGUCAGAAGCCCCGCCCCCGAGCAGACUGUGUCUGCCUUAUAAGGUGAUGAAGUCGCUGGACGGAGACAUUUACCGAAACGUCGAGUUCGACGUCUGGCAGGACACCUGCAAAGAGAUGCAGAAGACGGACUACAUGGUGUUCGCGGGCCGCCAAUACUUCCUCGGGGACAAAUGUCAGGUGCGCCUGGAGCCCAAGGGGAAGUACUUCAACGCGUUCAUCCAGGAAGUGGGAACGCACUCGAGUGCCGUUACGGUCUUCAUUGAAGAGUUGGGAGAGAAACAUUUGGUUCCGCUGACGGACCUGAAACCGGUCAAUCCGGUUCCGGCCUGGAACGUGUCGGCCCCGACCCGCAAAGGCGAGCUGGACACAGAGGCGCGAGGCCACCAGCGCCGCCAUCGCUACUUCCGGAAGUCCCGCGGCGGUGGCGCUGUUGUCAAAGGGGCGGAGCUGGCGAUGCCCCAGUCCUACGGCGGCCCCGCCCCCUCGCCGCUCCCGCCCCGAUUCCAGCCGGCGGGCCACCCCCGGCCCCCGUUGCCGCCGGGGCCCCCUGCCGCCGGGGCCGCGCCCUACGACCCCUACGCUCCUCCGCAUCAGCACGCGGCCCGACCGCCGAGAUACGGCGCCCCCAGAGGCUCCACCCGCUUCGUGAACCGUCACCUGAUCGGUCCUCAGUUUUCGUACUACCCACCUGGGAGGCGUUACUACGACUACGACGGCGUCGCCUUCAGGUCUCGUCGCAGUCGUCGUCACGCGGCAGCGGCGCUCGCCAAAGAGUGUCACUUUUUCAACGCGGACGAGGCGCCCGCCGAGCUGGACGCCGCCGUCCCGUACUUCCAUGUCGACGACGCGGGCGGCCCCGACGUCUUUGCGACGCUCACGAGUCCUUCCGUGCCUCAAUCUCAGAGCGUGGGCGCCCUGCCCCCUCCCUCCGGCUCACCCUAUCAUGUGCAGAGAGGCUCGUGCCCCCUCCCGCUCACCCCGCCAGGAGGUGGCGCCCUCGGGGGUUCAUCGGAGGAAGACCUGGAAGAUCCCAACGCUGUCGACGAACGGGACGCCAGCUACCAGACGCCGAUCGUGUACACGAGCGACGCCGCCCACGUCGACGCUCCCGCCGGACAGGACCAGGAUGAAGCGUGCGUGGCUGAAUCCCCGCCAAGAGCUGAUUUGAACUACAGCUUUCCACAGCAGGUGGUCAAGCCGGUGGCGGUGAUUUCUUCCUCCCCGUCCUCUUCUUCGUCCUCGUCUUCGUCGUCCCGUUUGCCCGCCUCUGCUACGCACGCGCAACCUCGAUCGGUUGCCAUGGCGAUGCCAGCGGCCACCCCCUGGUUGGUUAACGAGCUGGGGGACGGGCUGUGCUCCGUGGUAGCUCCGCCCCCUUACUCCUAUGACCCCAGCGGCGCCGACCUGCCCAGAGACUGCCGCCUGCUUCAGUUUUACUUCAACCUCGGAGUUCAGUGGUACCAUCAGAGCUGCUGGCAGCCGCAGCAGGCGUACUCCCCCGACGCCGCCUACCCCUACCAGCACUACGUGCCCCCCUACGGGGGCCAGGAAGCCCCCCUGCACGCCGCCCCCCACUCAUACCUUGAGUUUGGGCGCGGACCCCAUCAGGUGCCGGCCCCCUACCCGGACUCCACCAGGAUGACCGAGGCUCAGAUGGACGGCCUCGCUCAUCCGCCGGAAGGCUCCUCCCUCGACGCUCCAGCGAUGUACCCGGACCAGAUGGCCCCGCCCCCUGUGCCGCACCUACCUUACGAAGCUCCACCCCCGGCUGCCUACCUGUCGUCCGCCCCGCCCCCCACUCUGGUGCACUCCGCCCCCCACUCGUACCACGCGGUCGUUCCCGCCUCUGCGCAUUGGGGAGGCCACGCUUCGCGAGUCUACUGCCCCGCCCCCAACCCCGCCCACGUGGUGGGUUACAUCACGGCUCCGUCCGCGCAUUUCCUGCCGCCGAGCGCCUGACGCUAGCUGGCCGCUAAAUUGAGUUUGUUUAGCUUGUGAGGAUCGGCGUCUUUGACUUUAUGGCAGCCGACCGGAAAAGAGGGUGUGGCCAUUUUUUGUUGUUGAUGUUUUUGUAGCCGAUCACUUUACUUUGUUCACUUGGUUAAUAAAGUUUGUCACCAG